AUGCUUGGUGUAACCCAACCUACAUCGUCCUUGUUCUCCUCCUCAGCGGAGUUUCUUCCCUCUCCUACCUAUGCAGUGCCAUCCGAUCCCCCCUCCGAGGAAGAAGUCGCCGAUGCCAUACGAAAGUUGCGCAACAAUAAGGCACCCGGAGAGGACGGUAUACCCGCUGAAACCUUUAAGUCUUGUGUCGACACUCUGACGCCCUGGCUCCAUGAGGUGAUUGAACGCGCGUGGAGAGACGAGGUUGUUCCCGAUGACUGGGGCUUAGGCAUCCUUGUACCUAUCCUCAAGAAGGGAGAUAAGACGAGAUGCGAGAACUACCGUGGCAUAAGUCUCAUCGACAUUGCUACGAAGAUCUUCGCUAUUGUGCUACUCAGGCGAUUCCAGGCUGUGCGUGACUCAAGGACGAGGCCCAACCAAGCCGGAUUUCGUGCUGGACGUGGAUGCGCAGAUCAGAUAUUCACACUGAGGCGCAUUCUCGAAUUUCGCCAUAGCUACCAACAACCGACAGCCGUCUGCUUCGUUGACUUUGCCGCCGCGUUCGAUUCCGUUCACCGUGAGUCCCUGUGGCGGAUAAUGGCGCUAGAUGGUGUACCGGCAAAAGUCCUCGCCAUGAUCAAGGCCUACUAUCGUUCCGUUACUGCGAGAGUCCUGGUCCGUAAAAAUCUUUCCCAACCGUUCGGUAUUCGGUCUGGCGUCCGACAGGGUUGUAUACUGUCACCCAUACUGUUCAACUACGCUAUUGACUGGAUCCUCGGGAGGGCCCUACGCGACAGUGACGGUGUUGAAUUUGCACCCGGACAUCGACUGAGUGAUCUCGACUAUGCCGAUGAUAUCGCCUUACUUGCUUCAAGUUUUGGUGAUCUGCAGUCUAUGGUGUCACGGGUGAACGAGGUCGCUAAAUCAGUCGGUUUGUCCAUAAACGCAGGGAAGACCAAAGUAUUCUCAAGCUGCAUCCCUGACAAGGAGAAGGCACCCUGGGGAUUGAUGGCUGUCAACUUGAAGAAGUGGACAGUUUUAAAUACCUCGAGGCGCGGCUGCUGCCUAAUGGACAGAGUAAGGGCGACAUUGUCUUCCGAACCGAUGCUGCCCGCUGGGUUUUUUCAAGCCUUCAGAAAUGCCUGUGGAACCGACGUGACCUCUCCAUCGUCACUAAGAUUCGCGUGUACCGUGCAUCUGUCCGGUCUGUCCUUCUCUACGGUUGUGAAUGCUGGGCUUUGCGCGUGGAGGAUGACCGAAAACUGGAGGUAUUUGACCACCACUGCCUGAGGAUCAUCCUUCGAGUGAAGUUAACCGACUUCGUCUCAAAUGAGAUAGUCCGCGCUCGCUGCGACAACAUCGCGACGAUAAAUCAGGCCAUCCAAGAAAGACGACUGAGGUGGUUCGGGCAUGUUCUUCGUCGUCCACCUCAGGAGCUCAGUGUUACUGCCCUCGAUCCGGCACCGCUGCCCCAUUGGAGGCGUCGAAGAGGGGGUCAGUUCAAAACCUGGCUCGACACUGUCCGUCAAGACAUGGAGGUGGUUCUUGGACCUUCGGUAUUCGGUCUCCGUCGUUGGCGAAGGGAAUGGGUUGAGCUGUCUAGAUCUGCUGCCGCGGAUCGUAACGCGUGGAGAGGUACAGUUUGGGACAUCAUCGAGGCCGGCUAA